CCCAUCCUUCUAAUUCUGAGUCCAUUCAUCAUGUCAUGAGAACUUCUCUCAUUGGUUAUAGGUCAGAUGGGAGGUGGGGCAGAAUGGAAGGUCCAGAGCAGAGGUCAAUAAUAAUAAUAAUAAUAAUAAUAUCUAUUUAUGUAAAGAUACAAAGAAAAAUGAUAAAGUUAUAAGAGCAUUCUCCAUUUACACACUCUACAUUUUCAAGAUUUAAAUCCCUUUAUCCAUUUUCAGGGACAUCCUUCUAAAUGUAGCAGAAGGACAAAGUAAGGGGUAUGCGGAAAAUGUAGAUGAAAGAGACUUUUUUGUUGUUUCAAAGUAAAUCUGGGAGCCUUUAAGUCUUCCUUUUGUUUUUUACUUCCUAGUUUUCUAUACUGUAGAUUUCAUAGUGCUGACCCAUAAAACUGUGAAUUCUCACCCUGUCAUCAAAGUGGACUGUCUGGGUCCUCAAAAAGGAUGCUGUGCUUUUGAAACUAGGUGGGAAAGAUGGUUUUGGAGGGAAGCUCUGGAAACUCUGGGUGUGCAAUAGGGCAUUUUUUCCUAUCCAUCCAAACACCUGGUUAUGGUUUUGGAGUAAGAGGCCCCCACAUAGCUUUCACAAAGCCCUUGGCUUGAUCUCUAGCACCAAACAAAACGAAACCCCAGGAUUAUGCAAAGACUAACUGAUUGUGACCUGUUCACUCACUCAUUUAUCCAUUAUUCAAUAACCAUUUAUUGUACAUCUACUUGCAGGGUAUUGCACUGAACACUAGUGAUAUAUAGAUGAAUAAAACACAAUCCCUCCCUUUAAGGAGUUCAUAGUUUAGGAGGAGAAUCAGCCAGUCAUAAGUGUUUUCCCAUGCAGGCCCAAAAGCUAUAUUGACAAUUUUGGAGAAAGACAAUUCCCCAAGAGAAUCUUGGGGUGGAAGGAACUUCUUCCUUAGGCUAAAGUUGAACUCUCACGUUUAGGAGAAAUCCAACUUUUCCAAGAAUUCAUAUAAAUUGGAUUUCAUGAAACCCCCAAUCCAGAACCUUGCCCAUCCUUCCACAUCAAAGUGAGUGGGAAGCUGAGAGCUUAUUCUAACCCUUCUAUAUUGAUUGGUCUUGUCAAUGACAGUCUCUCUAGGAUCUCUCCCUUUUUUUCUUGACAGGUCAUCUGGAGCCUUGGAGCUGGCCCAGCUCUCUCAAGAUUCAGCAGACACUGGCCUUGGUGGCGAAGAAGACAGUGGUAGUCAAUGUUAUUUGGACAGGGUCAGCAGGCCCUGGAGCUUCCUGAGUGCACCAUGCAGAAGGCUGCAUACUAUGAGAACCCAGGACUCUUUGGGGGCUAUGGUUACAGCAAAGCCACUGACACCUAUGGCUACAGCACCCCUCAUCAACCCUACCCGCCCCCUGCUGCUGCCAACUCCCUGGACACUGACUAUCCAGGUUCUGCCUGCUCCAUCCAGAGCUCUGCACCUCUCCGAGCCCCAGGUCACAAAGGAGCUGAACUCAAUGGUAGCUGCAUGCGGCCUGUCACUGGGAACAGCCAGGGUGGGGGUGGUGGCAACCAGCCUCCUGGUCUGAACUCAGAGCAGCAGCCACCACAACCCCCUCCUCCGCCACCCACUUUGCCCCCAUCCUCGCCCACCCAUCCUGGAGGUGGAGGACCUUCCAAGAAGGCCAAGGGCGGGCCCAAUGCUUCCAGCUCCUCAGCUACCAUCAGCAAGCAGAUCUUCCCCUGGAUGAAAGAAUCCCGACAGAACUCAAAGCAGAAGAACAGCUGUGCCACUUCAGGAGAGAACUGCGAGGAUAAGAGCCCACCGGGCCCAGCCUCCAAGAGGGUGCGCACGGCGUACACGAGCGCUCAGCUGGUGGAGCUGGAGAAGGAGUUCCACUUCAACCGCUACCUGUGCCGGCCGCGCCGCGUGGAGAUGGCCAACCUGCUGAACCUCACCGAACGCCAGAUCAAGAUCUGGUUCCAGAACCGUCGCAUGAAGUACAAGAAGGACCAAAAGGCCAAGGGCAUCUUGCAUUCUCCGGCGGGCCAGUCCCCAGAGCGCAGUCCUCCUCUCGGAGGAGCGGCGGGCCACGUGGCCUACUCCGGCCAGCUGCCGCCGGUGCCCGGCCUUGCCUACGACGCGCCCUCGCCACCCGCUUUCGCCAAAUCGCAGCCCAACAUGUACGGCCUGGCCGCCUACACGGCGCCGCUCAGCAGCUGCCUGCCGCAGCAGAAGCGCUACGCGGCGCCCGAGUUCGAGCCCCAUCCCAUGGCGAGCAACGGCGGCGGUUUCGCCAGUGCCAACCUGCAGGGCAGCCCGGUGUACGUGGGUGGCAACUUCGUCGACUCCAUGGCGCCCGCGUCCGGGCCGGUCUUCAAUCUGGGCCACCUCUCACACCCGUCUUCGGCCAGCGUGGACUACAGCUGCGCCGCGCAAAUCCCUGGCAACCACCACCACGGACCGUGCGACCCUCACCCCACCUACACAGAUCUCUCGGCUCACCACUCGUCUCAGGGACGCCUGCCCGAGGCCCCCAAACUGACACAUCUGUAGCGGUAGCCGGAGGCCUGGUAGCUCGGAGCAAUUACCUCUCUGGUUUUGGUGACAGGGGUGGUGGGGGGCAGGGCCUGAGGGGCAGUUCGUGGGACCCCCCCUCCCCGAUCUGGUCUGGCUGCUGCCUAACAAGUCUCAGGCUUCCAGCGGCCGAGGCUGACACGACUGGGCCUCCCCUCCAGGCGCGCAUCCUCCUUUGGGUGACUCGCCAUAAAUCAGCCGCAAGGAUCCUCCCCUGUAAACCUGACAGUGCCAUAUACUGCGGACCGAGGGACUCUAAUCUGGUAAUGGUGUCCCUAAGGUAAGUCCGAGACCCAUCCGUGGCGUGUCCUGAAGAGGGGCUAGAGCCUGGAGAAUCCUGGACCUGGCCCUUCCGUCUAGCUUAGUUUCAGAGACCUUAAUUUAUAUGCUCCCUCCCCUCCUGUAAAGAUUGCAUCGGACUAAACAAUCUGUAUUUAUUAUUUGAAGCGAGCAAUUUCGUUUCCCUGAUUAUUUAUCCUCGUCUCGAUGUAUUUAUGUGUAUAUUUGUAGAAUUCUCCAGCCGGGCCUAGGUACGCGCUCCCAGGCCUUGGGGGCCACAUUUCACCUCUUUAGUCCCCUUGGUCUGAACUAGUUGAGAGAGUAGUUUUGAACAGUUGUAACCGUGGCUGGUGUUUGUAGCUGAUAUAAAGGACCGAGAUCACAAAUGGUCCUUAAUGGGUAGAGUCAGGCAGCCCGGUGGCAUAGUACGGCUCACUUUAGUCGUUUCUCAACAGCCGAAGCCCUCACCACUCGACACAGCUUAUUGAUUACAAAUUGUCUGGUACUAUUUGAACAAACAUUUAGAAUAAAAAAAUUUUCUCAGUUGGAAGUGUAUCUGUGUUAAUCACGCUCAUUUGCAGGCAGACUACUCUGCCUUGAUCCCUCGGUAAGACCCCACCCCCCCAGUAAAAAAGGACCCUCUGAAAAAUAUUUUAUUUAUUCGGAACCUAUUGCACGAAUUGUCGUGGAGGAAUGCUUGAUUACAUUCACUCUAUUGAAAUUGUAGGAGGGAUGAUGGCAAUAGAGCUUUCUACGACCUCUUUCUAGUCUAGAUAUGAUCGCUACAUGGAGGGGAGGGCAGAGCUCAUUUUUCUACAUUAAAUAAUAAAAAUUAAACUUUGGGGGAAAACUGACAAUCAAAGAAAAAGCAUAAGAGAAACAGGGAGGAUUAAGCUAUGAAAAGCUAAGGUGCAGGGUAUAAAAAGAAAUGACCAUGCAAAAACAAGCACCCAGGCUUUUAUCUCUAGGAAGCGCUCAAGAUUUUUUUUUCCUUUGUAAUGGUCAGUAGUUCAUUUCAAAAGAAAACAAAUGUUCUCCAUAAAUGUAAAAUAAUAAAAGUUUCAUUAAUGGAACAUAACACGUAUAAACACCUUGUUUACUCCUGUUUCUUUGUGCAAAACGGGCAAAAAGUGUACAACAUUUAUAAUCGUUUUGUAAAUAUUAGUGUGACUCCAGCUAGGGUCGGGCACUUACACCCACUUCUAUAGUAGGGGGCACUUGGAAAAAGGUCUUCAGACAAGGUUCAAUUAUUUUGUAUUUCAGCGAAGUCUGCCCACGCAUUUCUGUUUGGUUUGGCAAACGAGCAACUCCCACGACCAGCCUGGUGACACGAGGUGGAAUUCCUAUUGUGUGGAAAUAGAUUUUUCUUUUCUGGUGGAACAACAAUCGUUUUCUAUUUGGAUGUUUGUGUUUCGCUCAGUAAUGAUGACUCAAAAUAAUAUUUAGUUUCCUUGUUCAUUUGUGCUGUUUUAAAAUGGCAUGCUAGGCUGGGGUGGGAAGGGGUAUCCUUUUGCUAAAUUUCACUCUAUCUGAGCAAGUUUAAAGUAUAUAUGUUGUAGAACUGUAUCAACAGAAUAAAUGACUUCAAUUGAAGGCA